AGAGAGAGAGAGGACUCGAAUUUUCUUAAAUGCUUUCUCUGCGUGCAAGGCUAAGCCAACCUCAUCGAUCAUCCCGUACGGCAACCCCCAUCCCAUCAUUACUCUCUCUCUCUCUCUCUAUCUCUUUCUUUCUUGGGGAUCGCUUUAUUUAUAUAUACAGGGGUUGCCUCUAUUUCCUCACUUUGCAUGUCUGCCUAAGCCCUUUGCUCUCUUUCUCUCUCUCCUUCUUCUUCUUUCUCCGCCUCCAUCUCUCUCUCGUAUUCAGUGGUGUUUGAUUGAUAUUGCAUGGGAUGGAUCCUUCAAGUGGACAACACCAGGAGAUGUCUGGGCAUUCACUGGAAAACAUGUUGGUAUGCUCAAAAGGACAGAGUGAGAAGAAGCCAAGGCCUCAGCCAGAGCAAGCUCUGAAAUGCCCAAGAUGUGACUCCACCAACACCAAAUUCUGCUACUACAACAACUACAGCCUUUCUCAGCCAAGGUACUUCUGCAAAUCAUGCAGGAGGUACUGGACAAAAGGGGGAACACUGAGGAAUGUUCCGGUGGGUGGAGGGUGCAGGAAGAACAAGAGAUCAUCAUCAUCAUCAUCAUCAAAGAGGACACAAGAUCAACCACUCACACCCAACACCAACCCUCUGAUCAAUGGCCUCCCAUCCAUUGCUAGUUAUCAUGACUCCCCAAAUGACCUCAGCCUUGCAUUUGCUAGGCUCCAAAAACAGUCAUGUGGGCAGAUGGGGUUUGAUGAUCAACAUGAUUUUUCAGGCACCCAUUGUGAUUUUUCUUCAGCCCCUGCUGGCUUUCUUGAUGCUCUUAGGAGUGGGUAUCAUGAUCAUGGGCAGAGUAAUUUUCAGAAUUGGUAUUAUGGGUAUAAUGGUAAUAAUGGAAACAAUAUGGGAGAGGUGGAUAAUAAUAAUAAUAAUAAUGGUGGUGGAGAAAUGGUGAUGCCAUAUGAUCAUCAAGAUCAAAUGAGUAAUGCAGCAACAACAACAGCUGUGACAGUGACAACUAUGAAGCAAGAGUUGUGCAAUGGCAGAGAAAAUGAUCAGAACAGAGUUUUGUGGGGACUCCCUUGGCAGCAAUUCAAUGGGGAUGGAAACAAUAUGGGUGAGAUUGAUUCUGGAAGAGAAAGCUGGAAUGGGCUUGCUCCUUCUUGGCAUGGGCUUCUCAAUAGCCCUCUGAUGUAGACAUGGAAGUUCUCAAGAAGUCAUAGAAUUUCCUCUCUUUAUUAGACUCAAAUAUCAGUUUUAGUGUUUUUGGGUUUUGUUAGGAGAGAUUUGAUUCACCUGAAUCAUCUCUAUUUUUCUUUUUCAGUUCUUUUUUUUUUCUUCCUUUUGGGUUUCCUUUUAUUGGUCGAUAAGCUAAUGAAAUUUCAGAUUUGUUUGCUAACCAAGUCAAGAAUCUUGCAUAGGUUGAACAAUGAAAGAAAACAGUUUCUAAAUUGGUGAAAAGAGAGAGAGAGAGAGAGAGAGAGAGAGAGUGAGAGUGAUGUUUCAUGUUUUCUGCAGUCUGAUCUCUGAACUGUCUCUGAAGUCUUAAAAGGUUAAUGUUGCAGGACUUUGGAUUUUAAAUGAGUGG